UCACGUCAGCGACCGUCACCUUUCAUGUAUGCCAUGCUGUUUGUCUGAAUGAAGUCUGUUUAAUGUCUUUUGUAAUCUCAGAGAGCUUUUUACUUUUAAAUUGUUAUUUGUGGUCGGCUUACGAUGUCUUUAAUAAGAAAUAUUCUAAAGAUGGUGGUGGUUCUUGGUGUUCUGGUGUUGACAGUUCAGUUUAUAAGAUACUGGAUGGCAAAUAAACAAUAUGUCUUUACAAAAGAAGAUGUUGCCAAGUUAGCCAAACAGUAUGCAGGCCAGGAUCACGAACAAGCGUUCUCUAAAGUAGUAGUGGAGCUGCGUAAGAGGUAUCCGGGACACAUCCUGCCUGAUGAGGACCUGCAGUGGGUGUUUGUGAAUGCCGGCGGGUGGAUGGGCUCCAUGUGCCUCCUGCACGCUUCUCUAACAGAGUAUGUGCUGCUCUUCGGGACAGCAGUGGAUACGGGUGGACAUUCAGGUCGUUACUGGGCAGAAAUAUCAGACACUAUCAUUUCUGGAACAUUCAGGCAAUGGAAAGAAGGAACGACUAAAAGCGAGACUUACUAUCCAGGUGACACUAUAGUGCAUGUGGCGGGAGAGGCGACCUCAGUGCAGUGGAGCGCAGGGACGUGGAUGGUGGAAUAUGGCCGCGGAUUCAUUCCUUCCACGCUGGGAUUCGCUUUGGCCGACACAGUCUUCAGCACCCAGGACUUUCUGACACUAUUUUAUACAGUACGUGUUUACGUGAAGGGUAUGAUCCUGGAGGCGAGCACUUUUCUAACUGAUACUGGUGUCCUCUGAAAAUCACACUGCGCUGUAUGUCCCGUCCCUUUCGUUAUUCGGAUAAUUGAUCACAACAUCAGGUGAUUCAUUUAUAAAUGGAGAACAGACGACAUGUUGAAUUGGAUGUAUGGAAAGAAAGCACUUAAUGUAAUUAUUUUCCAACAAUGAAAGUUUUAUUUUCCAUACUGUACAAAAGUUUAUCAAAUGUCUUUUCUAAAACAUAUUGUUGGUCCCAAAAAAAAAAAAAAAUGUGUGUGUGUGUGGUCCAAUGUCUGUGUUUGAACAUGGCAAGAUGUUUUAGCAGCUCAAUACUGUCCAGAAACGGUUAUAACGAGGUAUAGACAAAAAUUAAAAGAUAGUUUUCUCUAUUUCAAUGUCACACUCUUUGCACCUUUAAUAUAAUGUGAAUAUUAAUUGCUGCUUUAUUUUUCAUAAGAUAUAUGUACUGUUUAAAACUGAUGUACUGUAUCUAUGUCCAGCCUGCAGUCUCUCCAGAAUAAAACCAUCAAUUAAUA